AUGGAUGUGGUGGUGUACCUGGCGUUGGGCGUCCUCGCCGUCGUCUUCGCCGUCUCGCUGGUCAUCCUCAUCAUCAUGUGCUACCGACGACGCUACGAGCUCUCCAGAUACAAAGUUUAUACUUUUUCAUUCACCGAAAACAAACUUCGCCAAAAUCGCUUCAAAAUCAUAAAUGCGCGGUUCGUUUCUGACCGCCACCAACCCAGUCUUUCAAUCUUUUCUAAAUUAAAGUCAUUAUAACUACUUGAAGUCGAUAUUUUUUGUGCCAACAACCUUGAGUUCAAAUAUAAUUUCAUUUUUUACAAACAUUAUUCAGGUUGAAAGUUGAUUUUACAUCUGAUUUUUGAAAAUUUGACUCGUUCAGCUCUUCCUCCCAGACUGAUUGAGUUGUUUACUUGCUAACAAAAGUUUAGAAAUACUCGUAUCCGUGACUUUCAAGCGAUAAUAAAAAUAAUUUCUGAAAAAUCAUGGAGUCGGCUCGAAUGGCUCCAAAAAAAAAAAUCCAGGCUUCUUCUUGGAUCCCCUGAAAUUAAUUGUUACUAGAAAUCCUUUCAAAAAUUAAAAAAAAUGCGAUUUUUUUUCUUAACGUAAAUUUUUGCAGUCGUCGCCCCUACGAUUCUCCAAAUUGUCUGAGAUCGACAAUAUCGAAAACCUCGUCCAGCUCAGUCCGCUGAUUGGUUGGUUCCUUUUUUACUCUUUUAACUUCCUUUUUCGUACAAGUUUUGAGAAGAAUACAUUUCGUGUUCAAUUUUUCGAGUUUGGAAUGCUUUAUAAUUAAAAUUUAACCGUUUUUUGAUAUCCUGAAAUAAAUUUUCUACUUUCCAGGCGAAAUCCUGGACAAGAACAGCUGGGUGUACGAUGUUUCUGGCCUUCUGCAACAUUGCGUGGCGGUUUUGCGGCUUUGUCAUAACCUCACGGAAAAGUUGGCGUCGGCGCCCUUGAGCCAGGUUAUAGUGUGUCUCUUGAAAGCACAGUAGAUAAAAAGCUACCGUAAUGAUAGCUUUUUUGCGCGUUUGCUCUACUGACUGUAGGAAAACGGUCAAAAGACGGCGAAAAAAAGAGGUCUCGAAGCAAAGUUUCAAAUUACUUAGAAAUUCCAUAGCGGUCUCUAUGAGAGUUUGAAGGUUCCUCUCUAGGGAUCUUAGCCCUAUGGGAACCACCUGAAUUUUUUCAAAAGGAAAAAUCCACUUUUCUUCAGAAAAGGUGAAAAAAUACUCUUCGAAAAACCAUCAAAAAAACUUGGAAUUUCUCCAUCUUCCCACUGAUUUUUGCCCUUUCCCGGUAUGUGUGUGUUUUUAUCGUUUCGAAAUUGCAACAAGAAAAAAACCAGUUUUUUUGGUUGGAAUUUCGUCAUGAAGAAGUAAACGCGCCAAGUUUCCUCAUUGAAAUUUUUAUGGUUUUGAGGGGUUAUUUGCUCGAAAAUUGUGAAAUUUAGGAAUCUUCAAGUGUAUUUAUGAUUCAAGAGGCUUUAAGAAGGAUGAAAGCUCCGAAAUUUUUCGGGAAUUUUAAAUAACAUUUUUUUCAAACAGAAUGACAUGGAAUGACUUUGAACAAGGACAAUGAAAUGAGCCAAAAUUUAGUAUAAAAUAGUAUAAAAUAAAAUAUAGAAUGAAUUCAGAAAUUUUUCGUUUUCAAAGGGGAAAUCCAGAGUUAUCCCUAUUGAACCAAUCUUAGGAGCUCUUAGAGAUUUCCCUCCAGGGACCACUAAAUCUUGCAAAAGUUGUCCCUAUAAAGAUUUGAGUUGGUGGUCACUAUAGGGGAGCAACUUAAAAAUUCUUUCUUUGGAAUUUCAGAGUGGUACCUAUAGGGAAUACUUUAUUGACCCCUAUAGGGGCUGUUAUCCCCCUAACUUCUACAUAUAGAGACCACUCGGGCGUUCCUAGGUGACUGUUGAAAAGAAAAAAAAAAACGUUUUAAAAAUUGCAUUGCAUUAAUAGGUGGGACCUCACCUUUUACGCCAUCGCGGUUACUUUAAAGCGUGAUUACUUUCACUUCGAACGGUGAUUUUUCCAGGCUCCUCCACAGCUGAGCGAAGGAAUUUGCUCGGCAACUCAACGGGUGAUGCCCCGUUUCGACGACCUUCUUUGCGCUGUCGCCAGUCCUUCGGUAAAUUUAUAAUCAUGUUUUCUGGAGUUCAUAAAAAGGAAAUGGAUUUGAAAAAAAUUUUUAAAAAAACGUUUGAAGUAAAAAUUAAAAAAACUAUUUUCAUUUUUUUAAAAUUUUGCAGGUCGACGUCCGCGUUCUGGAGGCUCGCGCAACGUCUCUGGCCACCGUUUGCUGGGCUCUUUUUCUGCCGUUUUCCCUUCUCAACGUCAAGUACAAGGAGGUGAGGUUUGGGUAGAUUAGGCCAAGAAAAACGAAUAUUUAUCAUUUCCUAAGCCUUAUAAAAAAACAGAAAGCCAUCCCCAGGCUAUCAAAAAGAAGUUAAACAUAGACAUUUUUUGGAAAUUGGACACAUUUAGUCCAUUUUUUCCUCUUGAAGUGAUGAGACUUCUCUGCGCACUCUUCUUCUCUCGGCGACCCUCCCUUUUUGACGUGCUUUUUCAUAUUUCGCUGACCUCGCCUGUAAGGGAAUAGAGACGCAGAUACUCGAAAAAUAUCAAGUCGGUGUAGAUUCGACUAUCUAGUCCAAAAAAAAAAAAAAAAUACAUGCAGAGAUCUUAAGAGUCUUCCAUGAACUGGAAAUUGAGUAUGGCCUUUCGCUUCAAAAGUUUUCAUUUAAAUUGUUUAUACUCCUUUAAGAACCGUAACAAGGAGUCCCUCCAUUUCAUCAUUAUACGAAUAAAAUCGGAAACUCUUUUCGGAAUCUGUAUAAAGUUGAGUUAAAAUUUUCAGAUUCUUUCCGUGCCACUGGCAGAAAUGGAGCAACACCUGACGGCUCUCCGAGCAGCGGCCGACCUGGCCGAGCGCGCCGAAAUGGGCAAAGUUCCCGUGGAUUGGGCGCGGAUGGACGAAGUGGCGGCCGCUGCGGCAGAAGCCGCCGCCGCCGCAGCCUCCGCUGAAGGCCACGACGGCGACGACGUCUCCCAUCAUCUGACGGAGACGACGCCGUUGGUCUCGUCGUCGUCCCUCGCGACGAACGACGACGAUGUCCCCGGUGCGACUCCGUCGACGUCGUCACACGCCGACCAUCAUGUCGUCUACCAUCCCGAACCGAUGACGUCAUCCGUCGGCCCGAAGGCCAACGGCUCCGUCAUCGUCCACAACAGCGAGGUCGACGUCGCUGAGUGAGUUUUUGGGGGUUUUCCGAAAAGAAAAUCCAUCUUCUAGUUUUUGUGGAUAUUUUGAACUUUUGCUGGACAUAGUAUUUAAGAGUUUGAGAUCUUUCAGAGUUUUAGAAGAAAAUUAUUCAAUUUGAGAAAAGAAAAGAAAAGAAAAAAAAAUAAAAAUAAAAAUAAAUGAAAAGAAACAUUCGAAAAAGUUCGGAACUACAUCAAAACGUAUUAAUAGAAAAAUUAUGACUCAGAAUAUUUCAUUCCUGAGACUGCAAAUAAAGUGGAGAGAGUGAGACGUCUGAAAUUUUCUCGGUAUCUCGUGCUGCCUCCUCUUUUCAACAAUCUCUAACCCUCUGAAUAUUUUCAACUUUUCACUCAUCGAUUUCUUAUUCAGAAAGCCUCCCUCGCCAGUCAACGGUCAUCAUCCGAUCGACCCGAAGGCGUGA